AUGGAGGGAGAGCUCAGUUGGGAUAACGGCUCAGCAGUUCUGGAUUGGAUUCGUCGGCAAUUGCUGGAGGAGGAUGAUAUCGAUAUGACAGCUUCAAGAUCUCUAGCCACAGAUUCAUCAUCCUCGUCCUCGUCUGCCCCGCCAAGGAGAGGAGCUACUUACAAAGGCGUCAGGAGAAGACCAUGGGGGAAAUACGCAGCGGAGAUAAGAGAUCCCAGCAAGAACGGAGCCAGAAUGUGGUUGGGGACCUACGAGACCCCUGAGGAGGCGGCCGUGGCGUAUGACCAGGCAGCUUUCAAGAUGCGAGGCUCCAAGGCUAAGCUUAACUUUCCUCACCUUAUCAGCAGCGCACACGAGGCACAGGCAGUCAAGGUGUCUAAUUGUUGUAAUAAACGCCAGCGUCCGCAGGAGUCCAAUUCUCCGGUAGUACCUAAAAGGCGAAACAACAUCAACAUAAUUAACCAAACGGCUAGACUUCCUUCCCUCGGAUUAAAGUCUGUCUUUAAAAACACCUACAAUGACUUUAUGAGACUCUAA